GGCAGAGGGGGGCGGGUCCUACAUCACUUCCUGGAGACUGACAGAAUCCGGAAGUGAUCCUCGAGAACCGACUUUCUGCAGAGGACCCCGGCAGCCAACGUGGGUUUGGAACCAUGAGCUGGAUUCCAUUCAAGAUCGGGCAGCCCAAGAAACAGAUUGUUUCCAAAACGGUGGAGAGAGACUUUGAAAGGGAGUAUGGAAAACUGCAGCAGCUAGAAGAGCAAACCAAGCGCCUGCAGAAGGACAUGAAAAAGAGCACCGAUGCCGACCUGGCCAUGUCCAAGUCUGCUGUGAAGAUAUCCCUGGACCUACUCUCCAAUCCCCUGUGUGAGCAGGACCAGGACUUUCUGAACAUGGUGACAGCCCUGGACACAGCCAUGAAGCGGAUGGAUGCCUUCAACCAGGAGAAGGUGAACCAGAUCCAAAAGACGGUGAUUGAACCCCUGAAAAAGUUUGGCAGCGUAUUCCCAAGCCUCAACAUGGCAGUGAAACGGCGGGAGCAGGCCUUGCAAGACUACAGGAGGCUGCAGGCCAAAGUGGAGAAGUACGAGGAAAAAGAGAAGACUGGCCCAGUGCUGGCCAAGCUCCACCAGGCCCGAGAGGAGCUGCGGCCUGUACGGGAAGACUUUGAGGCCAAGAACAAACAGCUGCUGGAUGAAAUGCCACGGUUCUACGGCAGCCGACUUGACUAUUUCCAGCCCAGCUUUGAGUCCCUGGUGCGGGCACAGGUGGUGUACUACUCAGAAAUGCAUAAGAUCUUUGGAGACCUGACCCAGCAGCUUGACCAGCCAGGCCACUCAGAUGAGCAGCGAGAGCGGGAAAACGAGGCCAAACUAAGUGAGCUCCGAGCCCUCUCCAUCGUGGCUGAUGACUGAGCCCCUGUUCCUCAGGAGUCCUCAGGCUCCUUGGGACACAGAUCACAUCUCUAUAGUCUUUGCUCUUGGCAGGCAUGGAUGCAUGGACCUCCCAAUGGCCAGCCAGCUGGAAACAGGUAGCCACUCUUCUGCCUUGCCAGUUCUCAGACUUAAAUGCCUCCAUUUCCGUGAGCCUGGCACUAGGAACUUCACAGCCUGCUGUUUCCCUGUGCCCAGUGCUUAAAAGCAAUAUAGAAAAAAAAACCAGGGGCCUUUUUACUUCCAGAGCCGUCCAGAGUGUGCUGUAGUCUGGCCAGCAGGAGCCUUUAGAAAGGCCUGUGCUCUCUAUGGAACUUGAGGCCUUAGCUGUCUACCUCCAGAGGACCUACUCUAGGAAAGCCAUUAUCCCCUCAUGUUGACUUGAGACUGUUGAGGCACAGUGGCCUGGAGAGCAGAACGCAGGUCCCUUAGCUGUGGUGGGCCCCCAAGCCAAGCUACAGGUCCAACAUAGGGACAAGUCCCCAGUGUUCAGCUUUCCUUUGAACUGUGACUUUGUCUCUAACUGUCCACUAUACAGAAUGUCACACAUUGAUUUGCUGGCCUUAAAGCAAGGCUUGUGUCUCACCUGUGUUAUUGGAAUUUUAUUUUCAAGUAAAGUUUCCAGUAAAA